AUGGCGAAUGAAUCGACAGGACGUUCGACAGGUGGUGGAGAGCCCUCAGGCUCCCACACGCGUCGAACCUCAGAUGGCGAUGAUGUCUCUGAACUGGCAACAACAUACAAUCGGUUGGUGGCACAGGGGUUCCCAGCAGAGUUGGCCGCACAAGUGGCACAACAGCGAUGGGCAGCAAAGAUGGGAAUCACAUUGUCAACGGGUAGCAGCAAUAAUGGGGGCUCAAUGUCUGCCCUUAAAGAAUUCAAGGAUGAACACGACCACGUCAGCUUGUCGCUGAAUGAAAAGCUUGCAGGGGCCUCAAACUUUGAGGCGUUCAAACGCGAAGUUAUGGCGAGAGCAGUACUGCUGGAGGCCAACACCAUUCUCACCAAAUACGAGGAGCAAGCACCCGAGGACUCCACCCCUGAUGAGAGCAAGAUAUGGAGCUAUAAGAACAGGCGGAUGUGGGAAUGUAUAUGGAAUAAUAUGAAGUCAAAUGCCCAGACCCUCGCGCAGUCAAAACUACAGGGUGAUGAGGAAACCGGAAAAAUGGGGAACACCGCAGCUCUGUGGCGAGCAUUGGAACUUGAAUACCAGGUUCACGCGGCGGAUCACCAAAACACGUUAUACAGUCGAAUCUCCCAUAUGAACAUCUAUUGGCAUGGGGGGGAUCUCACCCCCUUUGUGCAGGACUGGCGUCAAACAGUUAAUGAAAUCGCAGCAAAAGGAUGGGCGCUGCCAGAUGCGUACCUCCGACAACGCUUUGUUGACGCGUUAAAAACCCACAAUCAGGACUGGGUACAAAAUUAUCUCAAGAACUUGCGGAACGGGCAUGACAAAAAUCACAUCCCUGUGUACGACCUAGAUGAUCUUAUCGACGAGCUUAUACGACUAAAGACUGUCGUCAAGAAGGACACGGGUAAAGGGAUGCAGUCCAAGAAGGCUAAUGACAGUGAAAAAGAGUGUUCGCAGAGCUCAAACACCCUGACUACCAAAAAUUCAAAGGAGUUGAACACGUCGCAGAACACCAAUCCGAGCACCUCACAAAACACCCAAAAUUCGCAGCGUUCGGACAAGGAAAGGACUGGGGUUAAAUGUCACUACUGCAGCUACCCAGGCCACAUAAAGAAGGAUUGUCACUACAAGAACUGGAGAGAUCAGAGUGAGGAGUGGCAGCAGUCCCGAAAAGCAAAGAUUGAGGAACUUGCUAAGAAAAACGGCGAGGAACCACCCGAAUUCCAGAGCUCAUUGAAGGGACUGGCCGCGUUACGUCCUCAACGCGAUCCGAAUUGGUAUUUAGACACUGGGUGUUCGGGCAAUAUAACACCCAAUAUGGAGGUGCUCAGCAGUCUGCGGCCCUCAGAUGACGGAAAUUUUGCGGAGGACGCCAAUGGAGGCUCUAUCCGCACGAAAGCAGUUGGCGAGGCGAAUGUUAUGUUGAAUGGGUCGACCCUACGCCUAAACGAAACGAAUUACACUCCAGAUGUGGCAAGUAAUCUCGUCAGCUUUGGUCAGUUGUUAUGUGAUGGGUUCGACUUUGAGCUACUUCGGGGAGAGGACAGUAAAAUGUACGGGUUUAAGAUCAAGGCCCCAGAUGGCGAGGUCUUUUACGCAACGAUAAACAACUCACGCGUCUUCCCCAUACAUGGCACCAAAGAAGCCGCAAUAGCGGCAGUGGCUAAAUCAGUCGUUCCUAAUCUGGCUAACACCCUAUUUGCAUGGCACGUCCGUCUGGGUCACCUCAAUGAAAGGGACAUUCUGAAACUGGCGAAAGACCCCCAGUCGGGUAUAGUUAUCAAAGGGGAUUUGAAGAUGCCCUUCUGCGAGACGUGCAAACUUUCAAAAGCGAAAACCAAGAUCUCACGGAUCCCCAUGCCACGGGCGAAGAAUCGUGGAUAUAGGAUUCAUUUCGACCUCGCGGGCGGUGGUGAGAGUCUUGGUGAUGGGUUGAAUGUCUUUUCACCUAGCAAUCAGGGUUACAAAUACGCGCUCCUAGUGGUUGAUGACGCCACUCGUUACAAGUUCACCUAUUUCCUCAGAGCAAAAAGCGAAGCCCCUGAUGCGGUUGAAUUCCACCUCAAACACCUAAAAGGAUUGGGUGUUAAUGUCGCGUUUGCAAGGUCUGAUUUUGCGACUGAAAUUGGGGGCCAAAAGACACAAAAUGUCCUCACCAAACAUGGGGUUAAAUGGGAACCGACGGAGCCGUAUGCUCCCUGGCAGGACGGGGUAAGUGAACGAGCGAUUCAGGACGUAGCUAUGAAGGCGCGCACUAUGAUGGUCCAAGCAGGUCUCCCACCUGAAAUGUGGGCGGAGUGCAUGCUAACCGCGACUCUGAUCUCAAACAUCACCCCUACCUCGACCGAAUUAUAUAGUGAGAUUGUACCCGAAGGACGUUGGAGUUCAAUGACGAGUUUUGAAGCAUGGGAUGGGAAACCUUACAAGCGGGCAAGUGCUCUACGCGCGAUUGGGACCCCCUGCUACGCAUUAAAGGUUGGUAACCAAAAGGAAAAAUCGAAGUUCGCAGCCCGCAGCGAACGCCACAUCCUUAUAGGAUAUUACGGGGGCUAUGCCUACCGUUUAUGGAACCCCACUACUAAGGAAGUUGUUGUUAGUAGUAGCGUAGAGUUCAAUGAAAGUGCGACAUUAAACCGCCUAGUUGGCCCUGCUCUGGACGAUCGCAAGACGUCAGAGAUUUCUUAUAAUACCCCCAGUGGUGAACCUGAGAAGGUUGACCAGCAGAUUUCCUACAAUCCCCCUGUUCCUGAGGACUCCACUCUACAAACUGAAAUAACCCCUGCGGAACAACCCAAAAAGGACCAGCUUUUCCCAUCAGCCCAGGGGACGACUGGAAAGAAGCGCGGACGGCCAAAAGAUGAAGACGGAAAAAUCACAAGCUACAAGGCACGUUGGGUGGUUCAGGGGUUCCGUCAAAAGAAGGGUGUAGAUUACGACUUGACAUACGCCCCCGUCAUAUCCGCGGAUACAAUCCGCACGAUUUUUGCAGUCGCAGCCUCAAAAGGAUGGAAGAUUCGCCAAAUCGACUUCGUGACGGCGUUUUUAAAUGCAGAACUCCCUGAGGGUGAAAGGCCCUAUAUGCAACAGCCGAAAGGAUUCGAGGUUGGGGACCCAGAGAAGAAUGCUCCCCGGAAUUGGUUCAACCUCAUAACCUCCUACUUGGGAAAAAUUGGAUUCGUCGCUAGCGAAUGGGACUCUGGGCUGUGGUAUAACCGCGAGAAGCAGGUGUAUUUGACGUUGUACGUUGAUGAUAUGAAGCUAGUGGGGCCCGACGAGGGUGCCCUAGAGGAUACGGCGAAAUUGAUCGCGAAGGAGUUCAACAUUAAGGACUUGGGUGAGGCGCGUCACUACCUGGGUAUGAAAGUAGAACGCGGGGACGAGGGAAUUUGCUUAUCUCAAGAGGUGUAUAUUGACCAGGCCCUUAAGAAAUUCAACAUGACAGAGUGCAACCCCGUUCGAACCCCCAUGGAUCCAGGAUUCGCCCCCGAGGGAGGUGACCCAUUUGAUGAGAGUUUGUACAGAGCGGCAGUUGGCACCCUACAGCACCUGGCCACGUAUACAAGGCCCGACAUAGCAUUCGCGGUCGGUUAUUUGGGGCGUUGGGCUAGUAAGCCUACAACAGCAUGCUGGGCGGCGGUUAAACACCUGCUUCGUUAUCUCAAGGGAACCAAGAGCCUGAGAAUCAUCUACCGCCAUACCGCGGAAGUCGGCACUAAAUUAAACGCGUUUUCAGAUUCAGAUUGGGCGGGUGAUGUUGGGGACCGGAAGUCCACCUCUGGAAUGGUGAUUUUGCUGGCCGGUGGCCCAAUCUCGUGGAAAUCCUCAAAGCAAGGGGUAGUGGCGCUGUCAACAACUGAAGCCGAGUACGUUGCGUGCAGUGAGGCGCUUAAGACAGUGAUUCGAAUCCGCGGCCUACUUAAUGAGCUGGGUCUUGCGGAUGGCAGUUCACCUGCUCCUACCAUCAUGAACAUCGACAAUACGGGCGCGAUAGCGGUGGCAAAUGGCGAAAAGGUGACGCGGAACGUGCGCCAUAUUGACAUACGCUUCCACCAUGUCAGGGAUGAGGUCCGCAAAGGGACCAUUAAGCUGUGUCACAUUGAGAGCGCGGGUAUGGCAGCGGAUUGUCUGACCAAGGCAUUAAGUUACGAGAUGAAUACCCGGGCGAUCGAGAUGCUCGGGCUAGUGGGUUGA